UUUUUAAAAUCGAGAAUAAAUACUUAUCCGCUUCACCUCCCCCGUUAAUCAAAUCCUCUUUUUGCUUGUUUCCCAUGGCAACCAUGAAACUGAGAAUAAGAUCCCUCGAAUCCAAACAGACCCUGAAAAUCGAAAUCCCCACUCCCUCUACUCUCCAACAACUCAAGCAAACCCUAUCUCAAUCAAUCUCGUCUUCCUCUUCCUCUUCUUCUUCUAUCUAUCUCUCCCUCAAUCGCAAGGACGAGCUCCACGCGUCCUCACCCGAAGCGUCCCUCCAGUCCCUCGGUAUCACCUCUGGUGACCUUAUCUUCUUCACCCUCAACCCCACUGGCUUCUCCUCCUCUUCUCAAAUCCUAGCGCCCAAUUCCAAUUCCGUACAACAACCACCUCAAACCUUGCCUCCAAAUUUCUCAAAUCUAGAAAACCCAUCUGAAAUUCCUCCAGAAUCUCAAACCAUAGAACAAAUUCCUUUAAAUCAAGACACCCCAGUUGGAUAUUUGUCCGUACAAGGGCCUGAGAUUGCAGACUCCGAUAUGAGCGAUUCGAGGAGUUUUCAGGAACAGGACGAGUCUGUGGUUGUUUGGAAUGCGGAAAACGAAGGAACCCUAGAAUUUUCCGGUGCUGAAACGAUGGGGGUGGAUGAUGGGUCGGUUUCAAUGGGGAAGAAGUUUUCGGAGCGUUGUUUUCUGAGAAGGGUGCUGAGCAAGGAGCUAGGCGACUUUGGUGGUGACCACGCGCUGUUGGUGAUCGCGGUUCACGCGGUUUUUUUGGAGUCCGGUUUUGUCGGAUUCGAUUCGGUCUCGGGCAUGCGGGUCGACCGGUUUCACCUUGCGGACGAGUGGCCUUCGAAGGCUUUCACGGUGUCGCUCUGGUAUACUCUGCCUGAGCUUCUAGGACAUGGCUAUAGUACUUUUGGUAAUGUGGUUGAAAAUGUUGUUUUGAAGUUUAAGAGUUUAGGGCACUUUGUCGUGAUCUAUGGGUCUUUGGCUAAGGGCGGGUCGGGGUUGUAUCGAGUGUGUUUGAAUGAGAAUCGGUUUGUGCCGGCGAUCACUUUAGCUAAUAGUGACUCGGUUGAUAGCAUUAGCGAAGAAAGUGGGUGCCCGGAAAGUGAGAUUUUUGAGUUUUGGAAGACGGUGAAGGAUGGGCUCGUAUUGCCACUUUUGAUUGAUCUUUGUGAAAAGACUGGUCUCUGCCCUCCACCGUGCUUUAUGCGCCUUCCCGCGGAUCUUAAACUUAAGAUUUUGGAAUCUCUUCACGGUGUCGAUCUCGCGAGGGUGGAAUGUGUGUGUUCCGAAUUGAAGUAUUUGUCUUCAACUAAUGGGUUGUGGAAACGGAAAUUUGAUGAUGAGUUUGGACGAGCGGCGGGAGCGGAGGGAUUUGUUCAUUGGAAGGCUAGGUUUGCUUCGUCUUGGGAGAGCAAGAAGAAGAGGAAGAUUGAAGUUAGCCCGCAGACACUGCUUCGUCGGUGGCGUCUUCUCUUCCGCAAUGAGAAUCUAUAUGGCGCUACUUUGGUGGGCGGAAAUCGUGACCGAGUACCGCUUCAGCAGCUUCGACCGCCGCGUUUCCUCAUUUCGGAACAUCCAGGGGGUUCCAGCGGCUUCUAGACGACGAUGGGGCGUUAAGUACAGCCGCGGCUGUACUUAACGUCCCAUCGUCGUCAAGGAGGACCCGAUGUCUAGUGGUCCGGUGCUGAAUCCUGGGAUAACAAAAAGCCUUCUUUUUUUUUUUUUUUUUGGGUAUAUAAAUAAGUCUCACGUUCGACAUACCAAUAGAAUGAAAGAACUUUUCUUUAGGUUUCAUUCGAGAGAGAAGUGAUUCUUGCACAACAAUAUUGCACAAUGUGAGUGGCUGUAUUGUGCACAAGUUGUAAUCUUGUUGUGCAAUUGGUUAUUGUGGGUGAAACAUGUUAUAUGCACAUCACUUAUACAUUUUUUGUA